AAAAAGGCCCCGUGUUCCCUCAUGACAGCUCAUUUCUUGGAUUCCGUCAGCUCCCUUGGCAUUCAGUCGACUGCCUCAUAUCACUCGGGUGUUCGUACCUAUUUCCGUAGGUGAACAUAUCGUAAGAGUGGCGAAACGAGGCCUUCGGAGACCUUUGGCAUCCCCCUUCCUCACGGUCUGAUCUGGAGCGGGGCAGGGUUGAUCCUUCUCAGAGCAGUCAGUAUGUAGUGUAGUGCGCAGCUGUUAACUUAACCAGCCGUCUCCCGAGAGCGUCUCCACUUUCUGUAACCACCUUAAGCGCCGCCGAUUCGGGUGUCGAGAUUGCUUGGAAAUUGGAGAGCAGAGGACCUGGUGUGAGUGGGUGCCCCUGGGGUUUUAAAGGUUGCUACUCGAAAGGAAGUGGAUCGAUUUUGGCCUCUUUCUCGAAAGGGACUGACUGUCAGUGUGCCAAAAUUUCUGCCCCUCGCCGUUCCAGCCUGGUGGUCGACGACACACACUCGCACACGCACACUCACACACGGCGGAGGAAGGGCCCGAAAGCGACCAAAACAAAGGGGAAAAUUCAUUUACACAGAGGAAGGAGGGUGUGGUGCCCAUCCAGAGAAGGUGUGGGCAGGUGUACACACAUCAUCGAGACGGAACCAUGGGAGGACGAGCUAAGCUGGACUCUCAUUGAGAGGAAGUCAGCCUCAGGUGUGGUCACAAGAUGCAGCGACACCACGCUUGAAGGAAUAGGAGGAGGAGGAGGAGGAGAGGAAGAAGAAGAAGAAGAAGAAGAAGGAGCCAGCCAGAGAGCGGAAGAGAAGGGCGGCGGGAGGGAGCCUGUUGCAUUUUCCUUGCAGAGCAGCCCGCAACCCAACCACACUUCGCCAAGAAUCAUGUCUUCAGUAGAAAGUUGAAUAGCGAUUCAUAAGUCUCUGCAACAAAAACUUACAAAAUCAGGACAUUUGGUUCCUGGCGUCACUUGCAUAGCAACACACACUUUCGUGAAUGGUCAAGAUGCAAGCGGUGCAGAGCGCGUUGGCCAUCCGACGGCAGCGAUCCCGGAGGGAGGACAAGAAGAGAGCCAAGGAGAGACGAGCCAGCCAGGCCUCCCUUUCCACGCCCCGCCCCUCUGUCGUCAGCCUAGACGGGCGCGUUUACUUCAAUGAGGAGCGAGAGAACAAGAGACUCUUCGGUCAGGUGACCAUGUUCCACGUCGGGUCGGUCUUCAUCCUGAUCGGCCUCAUGCUGACCUUCACCUCCUUGGUGCCCGGGUACGUGAAGAGCACCACCCCAGAACGCCGCAGCGACCUCCUGGGCACCGGCUGCUUCUUCGUGUUCUUGGGCGGCGUCCUCACCACCAUCAGCCGCUUCGUGUCCAACAACGAAGAGAAGGAACUAAAUCAGUACAUCAAGGGACGACUGUCCCGUUCGAAAUCGGGACACCGGCUCGUGAGAGAUGCCGAGAGCGGAUUGCCGACGCCCACGAGAGAGCGCCGCCACAAGCCCCACCAGAACGGCGUCGCCCAGCACUCCUCGCCGGAGGUCGCCGGGCAGAGUGGAAGGCAAAAACCCUGCGGGACGCCGAAGAAGACUGCAGAUCCCAACAAGCAGGACUCCCCCGCGACGCCCGUGGAGGAAGAAGAGCCCGCGUGCAGCAGCCCCUCGGCAAUCCAGGACACCGAGGCCAUAGCAGCGUCAGCCUCCAUGGAGCCCGUCUUAUCCCGGAUCUUGGAAGAAGAAGAGGAGGAAACGGACAUCGCCACCGAACCCCUCGAUUCGACCCCAGAGUCAUCCUUGACGCCUACCUCGCCCCUGGAGACUCAGGGCCUCCUGGAACGCCACCACUCCUCCUCUUCCCCGAGGAAGGGCUCCAAAUCCUCCACCAAGAGUUCAUCGAAAAGCUCACGUCUCUCGGGCGUCUAGGAAGAGGAGAAGGCCCUCGUCUCCUCUCAUUCACCACUACUACUACUACUACUACUACUACUGCUACUAUAGUAGAUUCAUAUCAACCGUGCAUUUCAUGUCUAGGCCAGUCCCUUACGACGCUCCAGAUUGGCUGUUGAUAAGCCAAUCACAGGGCUGGAAACUCUCAGUCUCUCGAGAGAGUUCACUUAGGCAGGAUGUAUGUUCCACCUCUCCUAAAAGACGUAUACCUAAGGAGAGGUGGAACAUGGAACCUGCCCAUGUGAACUCUCGAGAAAGACAGAGCUUCCAGUCCUGUGAUUGGCUUAUCAACAGCCAAUCAGGAGCGUCGUAAGGGACUGACCUAGACAUCAAAUGCAGGGUUGAUGUGAAUCAUCCAUACUUCGCCCUCCUCUUCUUGUAUUUUUGAAUCAAGAGUAAUGAUCAUAAUGUUAAGCUUUGCCAUGAUUUUUACCUUUUGUCGUCCGUCAGUCGACUUCAGUCGACGUCAGUCGACGUCGUCGUCGUCGUCGUCGUCAUCCCUGUCACGUGACUCGAUAACCAACCACAAAGCAUUGUCGUCGCAGUUCAAAGGAUUUUCCAAAAGAUGCUGCUGCCUUUCACAGCGGACCACAUUUUUUCUACUUUUUCCGUUCUAGUAUUUUCUGAGCAUCGGUAACAAAAUAGCCUCAGGUCUUGUUAGGGAAGAUUUGCACGGAAGAAAGGCAUUUAUUUGCCUGGGAAAGAAAGCUAGUACUAUUGAUGUUGUUAGUCUGUCAGGUGUAGUCUGAGGCCUGUUCUGCUUUCAUAGGCAUGCAGGACUACAUACUAACGUGCAGAUGUGCACUUACGUAUCUUUUUACGUUAGUAUGUACUUUGCAUAUUUACAUAUAUGCCUAUAUAUAUCCAUACAUAUACUAUAUAUAUAUGUGUGUGUGUGUAAAAAUUUUAUAUAUAUACAUAAUGUAUGCAUAUAUGUAUGUUUAUAUAACGUAUGUAUGUAUGUAUGUGUGUAUGUGCAGAUGCGUUAUUAUGUACACACAUACAUGUAUACACGGAAGUACGUCUAAUGGUGCAUUAAUGUUCUAUACACCAAAGAGUUCAUUCAACCUUAGUCCUGUAGCUUGAGUGAAAAGCAUAGACUCUUAUAUGUUCAGUCAGUGGCAGGUAUUGCCUUUUUACUCAAAGAAUGGAUAUACUAUUUUUGUGUAAUAUUUCUGCAAAUCAUUCCGUACAUUAUAUUUUUGAUAAUAAUUUAAACCGAGUAUAUUACAGUUUUUGGCAUGAAGCAGCUUCAAAGUAAACCUCUAGUUGGUUGUUGUCUCUUUCUCUUUCGAAGUAUUCGAACCUGCGCCUGCGCACCACGUUGUUUUUGUACGUCUACUGCCAUGCACAGAUUUAUAUCAUUGUCGAUGUAAUGGAGUUUUUUUUUUAUUAUGAAUGAAGCCGUAUGUUAAACGAGCACACACGAUACAUCUGUACGUUUUUAUUGGAUACGUGCCCAUAGACGGUAUAAUAUCUUUCUCCUGCUCUACGAUUGACUAUAUAUAUAUAUAUAUAUAUAUAUAUAUAUAUAUAUAUAUAUAUAUAUAUAUAUAUAUAUAUAGAUACACAAAACACACCGGACACUGGUUUAGAAGCAGACCUGGAAACGUGCUGUAAUUUGCGUCAUUGAAAGCAAUUAAGAAGUUUGACGCAGAGGUCCCGAAACUUCCAUUGGUUCCGAAUGCCUCGACUCAACUUGUGUUGUUCUAAACACACACGCGAGCCCAACAACGCUGCCUAGUCUGACCUCGGCUGAUAAAAGGCUCUGUUUAGAUGGUUGUCGUUGUGCAUACCCGAACAGAGGCGCUAUAUUAUUAUUAAUAUUAUUAUUGUUAAUAUUAUAUUAAUUACCAUUUGUCCAAUGGCACAAACAAAUAAAUCGGGUUGGAUUACGUAAUCGACAAGAGGAGGAUCGAUUUAAUCUCUUAGGUAAAGAGGGAUACAUUUGUUGUUAUAUAGAUAUAUCCAUAAUAUAUAAGAACAUGCACUCUGUAACAGUUAAAUACACGCACACACACAACUACAAAUACAACAAAUAUAUAUGAAGUUAUAUAUAUAAUAUAUAUAAAAUAUGUACACUUGUAUAUAACAUAUAUUUACUUAUCUUUCUCCCCAGUGUUAAUCCAGUGAAUAUACUAUAGUUCUCGGUUCUUUGCGCCACUGACAUCAUGUUGAUAUCCUCAAGAAAUAUAUUGUAAAUAACUUUGUGAUUUUAAUGAUAUAAUAAUGAAAUAUGAGUAAUUAGAAUGCAUAGGUUCAUGUAUAUUCGCAUAUACAUAUAACUAUACAUAUAUAUAUAUAUAUAUAUAUAUAUAUGCAUGUAUGUUUGUAUGUAUGUAAAUGCGUUUGUAUAUGAACCCAUUUAUUGUUGAUUAUGAAAUAUUUUGAUUGAAGGUAGUUGUACACACACAGGUAAUGAUUUAUCUUUUACAGAACAGUCGGCAGUAAUGUAGUAAGUUCCAGAAAUUCUUAAGAAAUAUUUCUCUUUUCAUUUUGAGAGUGCCCCUUGGACAGCGUGUUUUGUAAGUGGUGUAUAAUGAGUUAGCGUGUAUCGUACGUCAUUUCUCAUUCGUCAUGGAAUCCAUUUCAUUACAUUGGUUAAAUUAUUAGGAAGAGUGAUGUUCAUGAAUGUCGUAAAAAUAGUUUCGUACACUUGAAAUUCUCUUAUGCGUUCGACUGCGGAUCACUUUUUUUCUCUCUCUCUCUCCUUGACAUUGGUAUAUCUCUACUGCUGAGAAUUUGAAAUCGACAAUUUCGAACGAAAAUUACUGAAAAUAUCAUGGCUAAUGCAAUGCAAUCUCUACCAGGCGAGAACUGAGCUGUUCAGAUUGUAUGGGUGGGAGGAAAAUCUCACAAGGUC